GACCAUAAACCCUUGCCUGAACAUACCCAAUUGAGUGUGGAAUUUGCACUCUGCACUGUGAGAAACCUCCCUUCGUCGAUGGAUCGUCUUUCUCGUUCCUUCAGAAGAACCCUCAUUCAGUUACUUCACCAUGAGCGACAUGGCUUAUCGUUCUCUGCCUCCACAGCUAGAAACAACAUCGCCAUUCACAACCCCAUGUUUUAUUUUCGAAGGACUUACUCUUACGUGUCUGAAAUGCGGAAAUCAGCUUUCGAAGGAAACAUCCUUAGAUACCUCCGAAAUGAGAUUCAGUACGAGCUCGAACACUCUCCUCCAAAACAGCCUGUUACAAAGUUUGGCUCAUUUAUGGUUGACGAUCGACCUGGCGAACAAUGGAUUAGAUUGAAUAGCAAAUUUGGGGAUGAAGAUAUUAAAGUUGAAGUGAGCACAUUUGACGGGGCCGUUCCUAUUCCAAAUUCAGGUGGUGCUGGCGCGGCCAAAGAGGAAGAUAUGCAGCUUCACAUUACGUUCAUUGUCAACAUAUCUAAGGGAGAAGGUGGCAGUGUCUUGGAAAUCAUGUGUUCUGCUUGGCCAGAUACUAUAGAGAUCAAAAGGCUGUUUGUACGUGCAAGUGAUAAUAAAAAGCUAACUCAGCCUUAUGCUGGUCCCCAAUUCAAGGAAUUGGAUGAUGCGUUGCAAGAUAGCCUUUAUGAGUUCUUGGAAGCUAGGGGUAUAAAUGAUGAACUUGCUGUUUUCCUGCAUGAGUACAUGAAGAACAAGAAUAAAAUGGAGCUCAUAAGAUGGAUGGAGUUGGUUAAGUCUUUCAUUGAAAAGAAAUGAAGGUUAAGGGAUUGGAUGAAAUGGACCACUAGAUCCUAUGUAGUCUGGUAUCAUGCUAGCAGAGCCUGGUCUGGGAUGCAUUUUCAUUUUUGAUUUCACCAUACUUUCUUUCAAUUGUUGUGCGGGUGUAAUUUCUUACAACAGAGAAAGGCUCUAUUGUAACCGGCGUUUUUGCUGCUUCCUCACUGUCCUCCCUCCCUUCUCAGAAAACAGGGAUCACAAAAACAGUGAACCGCCAUAUCUUUCUUCAAGAGUUAUUUUCCUAGUUUCAGAAAAUGUUGCAAUU